GCCGCCCCCAAAGACUGCCGCUGCUCCACCCCAGAGCUGGCUGCAUCUCGGGCUCCAGAGAACCCAGGCGUCCAGGCUCCCAGGCUCCCCUGCAUGGGGAAUGCCAUGUCGAACUCCAAGCAGCGCCUGCUCCGGGGGAUGCAGGAGGACCUCACCUGCCCCCUCUGCCGCCGCCUCUUCUCCUCCCCGGUCACGGCCGAAUGUGGCCACAGCUUCUGCCGGGCCUGCCUGGCUGCGGCCCCCCGUGGGGACGACCCUGGGGACCUGGCCUGCCCCACCUGCGGGGUCCCGACCCGGCCCGACCAGUUGGGCCUCAACCAGCCCCUGGAGCACCUGGUCGAGUGCUUCCGCCAGGUGCCCCAUGACCACUGCGAGGAGCACAUGGACCCCCUCAGCGUCUACUGCGAGCAGGACCGCCAGGUUAUCUGCGGCCUCUGUGCCUCCCUGGGCCGCCACCAGGGCCACCGCGUGCUCACGGCGGCCGAGGCCCACGACCGGAUGAAGAAAGAGCUGCCCCAGCAACAGGCGGUGCUGCAGGAGGCCCAGGCAAGCAAGGAGAAGGCCAUCGCCCAACUGGACCGGCAGCUGGCCGAAGUGAAGGUGAGUGUGAGAGCGUGUGUGUGCUCCAGACACCUGGGUUUUGUGCACAUUUGUGUGUGUGUGUAUGUGUGUGUCCUGGACACCUGGGGGGGUAGUGGUCUGGACACUUGUGGGGUGCAUGUGUGUGUCCGUGCCGGACACCUGGGUUUUGUGUUGUGUGGGGUGUGGGGCUGUAAGUGUUGUGCGUGUCGGAGGUCAUGGGAGCCUUUGGGGUUGUGGGGGCCCUGGGAUGGUCCUGGGACUCAGGUCAGCAGGAUUUGGGAGCUGUCGGGGGGAUUCAUGGGGAGUGCAGGGGAGCUGUGGGGCUAUGGCGGGUCAUGGGCCCUGCAGGCCGAGCGCAACACCCUGAGCCGCUACCUGGACCAGCUGCGCGAGAUGGAGGCCGUGCUGGGCGACGUGCACCACGAGACCCAGACCGAGUUCCUGCGGAAAUACUGUCUGGUGGCCAGCAGGCUGCAGAAGAUCCUGAGCGAGGCUCCCCCCGCCGCCCGUAUGGACAUCCAGCUGCCCAUCAUCACCGACGACUUCAAAUUCCAGGUCUGGAGAAAGAUGUUUCGGGCCCUGAUGCCAGCCUUGGAGGAGCUGACCUUCGACCCCGCCACGGCCCACCCCCACCUGGCGGUGUCCAGAGAUGGGCACCGGGUGGAGUGCCUGGACCAGAAGCAGGCAGGCUCCUCCCCGGACGACCCCGGACGCUUCGACAAGGCCAACGCCGUGCUGACCCACCAGAGCUGGCUGGACGGCGAGCACUACUGGGAGGUGGCCGUGGGGGACAAGCCCCGCUGGGGGCUGGGCGUCAUGGCUGCCGAGGCCGGGCGCAAGGGGCGCCUCCAGGCCCUGCCCUCUCACGGGCUCUGGCUCCUGGGGUGCCGCGAGGGGAAGCACUACGAGGCCCAUGUGGAGCACAAGGAGCCCCGGGCCUUGAACCCAGAGGCCCGGCCUCGGCGUGUAGGCAUCUACCUGAGCUUCCAAGAGGGCGUCCUCUGCUUCUACGAUGCCACCGACCCAGACAACCUGGCACAGCUCUUCGCCUUCCGCGAGCGCUUCCCCGGCCCGCUCUACCCCUUCUUCGAUGUCUGCUGGCACGACAAGGGCAAGAACAGCCAGCCCCUGGAGAUCUGCGUGGCCAAGGGGCAGGCCUCCUCCUAGGUCCCUCGGCCUCCACCUGGCCCGCCCUGAAAGCCCUGAUUUCCCCCACCCCCCGCCCAGCCCCCGGUGCAGGAAGCGUUGUUCAAGGAAGAAAUGUCGCCCAGUCAGUAGAUUUUAUCCUCAACCCUGUGGGAGGAAGUGAGGUCAUUAGAUGAAGAAACAUGGCCCAGUCCCGUGUUGGUGGAAGUGGACUCUAUCCCUGACUCCGUGGGAGGAAGUGAGGUUGUUCGGGGAAGAGGUAUGGCCCAGUUUCACGUUGGCGGAAGUAACCCCUGUCCCCAACCCUGUGGGAGGAAGUGAGGUUGUUCGAGGAAGAGAUGUCACUCAGCUCUGUAUUGGUGGAAGUAACCCCUAUCCCUGAUCCUGUGGGAGGAAGUGAGGUCAUGGCAGGAGGAGACAUGGUCCAGUGAGGAGGUGGAAGGAGCCCCUAUCUCCCAUCGCAGGAAGUGAGGUUGUGGCAGGAAAAGAUGUCGCCCGAUGAGGUCAUCAGAUGGAGGAAGUGAUGUCACCACAUGGAGAUAGAAGUUCUGCUGGGGCUGGGCUUCUCACUGGCAGGAAGUGAUGUCAUUUAAUAUAGGUGUUCCCUGUUGGACCAUGACUCCAACUUGGAGGAAGUGAUGUCAACACACUGAUGUAGGUGUUCUCUGUGGGCUGAGGCUCCACUCCACGGGAAGUGAUGUGAUCAAGUGAUAGAAGUGCUGCCACAACCGCCUUGGACCACGGCUCUCCCUCACAGGAAGUGACAUCACCAUACUGAUGUAGGUGUUACAAUCAUCUCCCCUUGGACAGCGGCUGCACCUGGCAGGAAGUGAUGUUGCCACAUUCAUGUGUGGAUUUUCCAUGGGCCACGGUUCCACCCCCACGGGAAGUGAUGUCACCAGAGUGCUGCAGGCAUCAUAACCAUCCUUGUGGCCAUGGUUCCAUUUGGCAGGAAGUGACAUCACCACGCUGGACUCUGAAGACCAUGCCCAAUCAUGUACCAGGAAGUGAUAUCACCAUGUUGCUCUACAUGUCUCCUCCACGCCCAACUACUUGCCCGCCCCGCCCCCACAAAGCACAUCUUGUUCCUGUAGGCCUCAUAAUCCCGUCCCACCUAGGAAGUUACAUCACCACACUGGAGCCACACCGGCUACAGAGCAGGAAAUGACAUUGCCACAUGGCUCCACUCCUGACACACGUACCCCUUUGGUGGGCUGAUCCUAUUGGUGCAGCUCUGGGCGCAGCCUGGCUUGAGUGUGUCCAUGCACACGCAAUAAACGCACGCCACAACCACGUGUUGCGUGUUGGGGUGUGUGUGUGUGCAUGUCAGGUGGUAUGGCUCCCCCCAUGCUCUGUGUGUGUGUGUGUGUGUGUGAUGUGGGUCCAUGCAUAAGCGAAUGGUAGGGGGUGCACAGGGGGUGCACGUGCCCCACUUGAUGGGGCCGGUGCUCCCCCGAUGGCUGACACUGAUGCUGUCAGUAGGGCUGGUGCCCCCCUGACAGGGCUGCCGUCAUCAGUGGCUUCUGCGGGUGCCCCCCACAUUCAGGGGGCACCAGUCACUCAUGGGUCCGUGUGUCCGUGUCAGGUGAUAUGACUCCCCAUGCUGUGUGUGUGUGUCCUGUGUGGGUCCAUAUGUGCUUCUCAGCUGGUACAGUUCCCUGUGCUGUGUGUGUGUGUGUGUCCGUGAGCAGGCAGGCCUACCCACUACUCUUCAUCCCAUUGGAAUCACUGGGACCUCUACCUCGUCUUCCCUCCCCCUCUCCUGCCCCGUCUUUGGUGCCAAGCUGUCCUUUCGGAGUCUGGAUGGUCUCCCGUGCAGACGAGGUCGGUCCUCCACAGGGCUCCACCUACCCUACUCCCCACCCCUUCCCACCCCAGUAAAGAGUCCUGUUUUCCUGCUGGCACCAAGUGCAAGUCUCUGGGUCUCGGUUCCUCUCUGGCCUGGGUCCCUCCUCCUCCUCUUUGCCCAGGGUCAUUCAGGCCGUUCUUUACCCUGGGAUCAUCUAGGCCCCUCCUUUGGCCAGGGUAGUCCAGGCCCCUCCUUUGCCCGGGGCAGUCUAGGUAAGGUGCUGCCAGGUGGGUCUCGGUUGCAGCAGAGCCCUCAUCCUGCUCCAGCAGCUCUUUGUUUCCUCCACACCACAUCCCGUUCUCCCAUUAAGUUUCUCAGGCUCCCCUGGGCCAAUCCUUAAGGCCCUGGGAGCAUGUGCUCCCUUCCCUGGAGCAAUUUAAGGUGCCUACUUAGGAAUGAGUCUCCCACCCCCAAUGUUUCCCCAGCCACGUGGUCUGUCUGGCCGCUUGCUGGGCAAGUUGCCACCCCUGGAGCUUCCUUGGAACAGUGCCACUUGCUCGGUUUCCACCGCUGGUGUGUUUUCCCAGAUACGUCUUGUGGCAGUGGAAAUCCUGUGACCACCAAGGUGGCUUUCCUACUGGCUGGGGAAGGCCACAACCAUGGCAAGGGCUCUGACCUAUCCCUGACCCCCGGGAAGCCCCAAGGCUGCAGCAUCCAUCUUCAGGAGGAGCCCAGCCCCACCUGCUGCCAAAGGCCUGGGCUGGGAAAGGUAGUUGGCCUGGGGCCAAACAGAGCAUUGCUAUCCCCAGCUGCCACAGCCCCACCCCAGAGCCAGCUGCAUCUCAGUGCUGGGGGUCAGGUGUCACAGAGCUGUGGCCAGCUUAGGGGUGGGCAUUGGGGGCUGGAUGUUAUGAUGCAGCUGAGUCUGGGGUGGGUGGAUAGAACAGGCCCCACUAUGUCCCCCACCCCCAGGGCUGUGGGCAGGGCGGGGAAUUAGGGAAGUAGCUGAGUCACAGAUAAGGAGUCCUCGUGGCAGUGAUGGAGGUGGGGGGGUGUCUAUGUGUGUGUGUGUGUGUGUGUGUAGGCCCCGGGCACAUGGGAUCUGUCUCUGUGUGUCUGUCCAAACACACACACACAUCCUCCCCCAACCCAGAACUUAGGAAAGAGGAAGCCCCAGGCCGGAGGGGAAGCUGGCAGGGGAAGCAGCCGCUUGUCCUUCCCUUGCCCUGGUGCCCAGGCUGGGUGUGUGCCCAGCACGCACAUGUGUGUGUGUGUCCCAGACACCUGGGGUC